GGCUGGGAAGGCUGCGUAGGAGCACCCGGUUGGCCAGGCUGCUGUGAGCCCUAGGCGGAUGUGGAACCGACAAAGAUGGCGGUGCAGGUGGUGCAAGCUGUGCAAGCGGUUCAUCUUGAGUCUGACGCUUUCCUAGUUUGUCUCAACCAUGCUCUGAGCACAGAAAAGGAGGAGGUGAUGGGUCUAUGUAUAGGGGAGUUGAAUGAUGACAUAAGGAGUGACUCCAAAUUUACAUACACUGGAACUGAAAUGCGCACAGUUGCAGAAAAGAUGGAUACCAUCAGAAUUGUUCACAUCCAUUCUGUCAUUAUCUUGCGACGUUCUGACAAGAGAAAGGACCGUGUAGAAAUUUCUCCAGAGCAGCUGUCUGCAGCCUCAACAGAGGCAGAAAGGUUGGCUGAACUGACAGGUCGUCCCAUGAGAGUUGUUGGCUGGUAUCAUUCUCACCCUCACAUAACCGUUUGGCCUUCCCAUGUUGAUGUUCGUACACAAGCCAUGUACCAAAUGAUGGAUCAAGGCUUUGUAGGACUUAUUUUUUCCUGUUUCAUAGAAGACAAAAACACAAAGACUGGUCGGGUACUCUACACUUGCUUCCAAUCCAUACAAGCCCAAAAAAGCUCAGAGUAUGAGAGAAUUGAAAUCCCAAUCCAUAUUGUACCUCAUAUCACUAUUGGGAAGGUAUGCCUUGAAUCAGCAGUAGAACUGCCAAAGAUCCUAUGUCAGGAAGAACAGGAUGCAUAUAGAAGGAUUCAUAGCCUUACACAUCUGGACUCAGUAACCAAGAUCCAUAAUGGCUCGGUGUUUACCAAGAAUUUAUGCAGUCAGAUGUCAGCAGUCAGUGGGCCUCUACUACAGUGGUUGGAGGACAGAUUGGAGCAAAACCAGCAGCAUUUGCAAGAGUUGCAACAAGAAAAAGAAGAGCUUAUGGAAGAGUUGUCUUCCCUAGAAUAAAGCAAGAGGACAAAAAUGUGAUAAUAUUGUUUCUCAGUUUGUGCACUGAAUAUGGUUCAAAAUUAUAUACAACUCCUAUGUAGGCAGAUAAUUCAGGAGCACUUUUUAUAUCCCAACAGAUAGUUUUAUGUAUAUAAAAUACAAGAUGUCUUCCUAAAACUUUUCCAGAGCUUAUAGAAUCCUCUUGCCUACAGUUGCUGUAAAAGAAAACAUGCAGGAUGAUUUACAGAAUAUGAAAGUUAUUUUGUAAGGGUUAUAAGAGAUGCAUUAGCAAGGAAUAUCUGGGAAUAAAAUGUUUGAUAAGUUUAUUCUAAAUGUUAAGAACAUUUAUUCUAAUUUUGUGCCAAAGUGUCAAUAUGCAUCCCUAUUUGUCCUGGAACUCACUAUGCAUACCUCACUAAGCUGCCCUCAAACGCAGAGAUUCACCUGCCUCUUCCUCUGUAGUGCUGGGAAUAAAGAUGUGCACCACCUACCAUGCUUGGCAUUAAAUGCCUAUUCUCAAUGAAAAUACCUGACAUAAACUUUUUUUUUUGAGACAAUGUCUCAUUAUGUAGCUGUGGAACGUCUGGGACUCAAAAAGAUCCACUUCCCUCUGAAUUAAAGAUGUGCACCAGCAACAUAAACUUCUUAGAAUUUUAAUUCUUUGUUUUUAGUUUCAGAUAUCUAUCCUGUAUAAUUUAAAGGAAGAACACUUGGUAUUUCAAUUUUAUAGUUUGAUAUUCUUGUUAGGCAAGUGAAUCAUAAGUACUGUAGGGUUAAUGUAAAGACAUGCAGGGCUCAUUGCUACCCACCUCUAUUGAUUACUCUCACUUAGAAUCAUGUGUUAGGACUUCCUUCUUGAUCUCUAAAUACAUGUUAUGAGAUAGCUAAACUUGAAUUCUGUGUGGAUGCACUCUUAAGCAAACAAUUGAGUUCUAGCUUAUUGAGUCUAAAGCAAAUUCUUACUGAUCCUGUAUAUCUAAGAUUCAAUUAUAAUAUGACCAUGAUUUUUUUAGGAUUUAGGUUAUAGUAGAAAUCAUACUUCAAAAAUAUGAUGAUUGUAUUUUAUUAUUCAUUCAUAUGUAGCCACUAAUUGUAUAUUUAUGUAUUCAUAAAAAUGUUGAGCCUUUUGCAUACUGGAAACUAAAGUGGGAAUUGGAAAAAAGAGUAUAAGGAAAGAAAACAUUAUCAGUCCCAACCAUAGUGAUAACUGGGAGUUUUGGUUUGUCUUUUUAUUUUCCCAUAGAUUAUUGUUUUUCAAAAUCCCAGAAAUACUUGCAUCAGAAUCACUUGCAGUUCAAAGUUCAAAUUCAAUCUUUGAGGCUAGAACCCAGAAAUCUAUAUGACCUACUCAGCUGAUUCUGGGGCAUACUUAUAUUUGAAAACAAAUAUUCUUAGGGCAUAUGGAAUUUAAAUGCUGCUUAUUACAUCUUAUUGGUAUAUUUAACCAUAUGUAACAAUUUUCUUUAACCAUAAAAUUUUAGAACCAGGUGUCAUGCUGUAUUUUCUCUAAUUUUCUUCCACCAUAAUUGUUCUUUAUUCAUUUUCUUUUUUAUAGGACAUAUGAAAAUACUGGGUGUACAAUUUUAUUAAACUAAAUCAAUUUUGAAUAAUAUAAAGGUGGAGGGCCCACAUUAUAUAACUUCAAGACUUACUAUAUAGCUGCAGUAAUCAAGACGCUAUGAUAUUCGCAGAACAGAUAUAUAAAUCAAUGGAACAGGAAAGAAAAUUCAGAAAUAAACACACAAUAAUAUGCCAUUUAAGCAUAUCAUUUAAAUCAAGAAGAAAGGAAAGUCAUUUCAACAAAUUAAAUUUUCACAAAUUAACAAAAUAUCUUAUAAAAGUACCUCAAAAUGUGUCAUGGAUUUAAAUGUAAGCUGGAAAAUGUAAGGGAAAAAAAUCAUUUAAAAAUUUUUUUAGGAGUCAGGUAUUAAUCUUCAACUCAAAAGGCACCAUCUAUAAGAAAAUGAGUAGAUAUUUGGACUUCAUCAAAAUUAAAACUUUUAUUCCACAAAAUCUUAAGAAGAGAAACGGUAAACCAUGUAAUAUCUGAUCAAUGGAAAAGAUAAUAUGCUCAAAACUCAAAAAUAAUCCCAGUAGAAAAUGAAAAAAGACACAUUUUUACUAAAGACGGUAAAUAGAAGUAAUUAUGUGAAUAUAUAUUGACCCUCAUAAGUCAUUGGGAAAUGCAAAUUAAAACUACAGUGUGGUAUGGUAUAUACUUAUCAGAAUUGCUAAAGAGAAAAUUGUGAAAAUGCUAAGUACUGUGGAGAAUGCAAACCAUGACAGGAAUGUAAAAUACAGAUACUGGGUAGAGGAGUGGAAAUUUUUAUAAAGUUAAGCAUACACUUAACAUGAGCCAGCUGUCAUACUGCCUCGACACAAAAACUUUUACAAAUUUUUUCUUGGCAAUUUUAUCUGUGAUAGCUGUAAAUUAGAAGUAACCCAAAUGUUCUGCAGUGGGUAAAUGUCUAAACAAACCAUUCCUACCAUGGAAUACUACUCUGUAGUGGAAAGGAACAUAUUACUAAUAUCUAUAUAAUUUAGAUGAGCCUUGGGACAUACAGUAAAUGAAAAAAAUGAGUCUUUAAAGGUCACUUACUGUAUGGUUGCAUUUCUGAUGUGUUGUUGAAAUGUCAGAAUUAAUGAAAAGAAAGAACAGAUUAAUGAUUUCCAGAGUCAGGGACUGGGCAUUAUAUAUGCAUUGUUGUUACAGUGUGACAUAAGAGUUCAUUUAGGCUGAUGAAACAGUUUUGUAUCUUAAAUUUAGUGUUUAGUACAUAAAUCUGUUCCUGUGCUAGCAUUUUAUAUAUUUAUAUACAUAAAAAUCAGUACAUGUAAAAUCUGGUAGAAGUGAAUAACGUCUGUAGCCUAUUCCGCAGUAUUAUACCAUUACCAUAAUGUUGGUUUUGAAGUUUUAUAGUUGUAGAAGAUCUUACAAGUAGGACAAAUUGGGUAAAGGGUACGUGGGAUUAUGUACUAUUUUUUACAAUUUCUGGUAAGCCUAUAAUUAUUGCAAAAUAAAAAUUUAUAGGUUUACAUAAUAAGAAGUAAGGUUCUUAUGAAAUAAGACUGAUUGAUAAGCCAUGUUUAGUGGCAUGUGCCUGUAAUCCUAGAACUCAGGAGGUUGAGGUGGGAGACUUAUCACAAGUUUAGAGCCAGCCAGUUGGCCUAAACCUUGUCUCAGAAAAAAAAGGGGGGGGGUGAGGAGGGAAGGUAAUAUAAAGAAUACCUUGGAGGGGGAAAUAAAAUUAUUUGUAUAUUAGGCCAACUAUGAAUACAUGUUUGUUUCAUUUUCAUAGAUAAAAUGAGAUUAUAGUAGACUAUGAAGGUUACUUUUCAGUCAGUGUUCAUAUUUUAAAAAUGUUGAUCAUCAGAAAGAACAAUGAUCUGCAUGAGAUGUGAUUAUUUUCCCAAUUACACCUAAGUAGUUUACCUUUACACAAAAUAUUGCAUUCCAAUACACAGCCUUGUAUCCUUUCUGCCUUUUCAAUCACAAUCAAAACUGAUUGGAACAAAAGGUACUUGUUUAGAUAGGUGUGUUCUCCCUCUUUUUUUUUAAGCCUGUCUUGAGAUAGGGUCUUAUGCUACAGCUCAAGUUGGCCUCAAUCUAGAAGUUUUCUUGCCUCUGUCUCCCGAAUGCUAAGAUUACAGACAUAAAACACCAUGCCUGACUGCUUCCUUAUUUCCUAUACUUGGAACCUGCAUUCUGACCUUGUCUACACUGCCUUUGAAUCCAUUCCUCCUAAAGUUACCGAUAACCUACAAUAGUCAAACUCAUAUUCUUUUUUUUUUUAAAUAUUUAUUUAUUAUGUAUACAAUAUUCUGUCUGCAUGUAUGCCUGCAGGCCAGAAGAGGGCACCAGACCUCGUUACAGAUGGUUGUGAGCCACCAUGUGGUUGCUGAGAAUUGAACUCAGGACUUUGGAAGAGCAGGCAAUGCUCUUAACCUCUGAGCCAUCUCUCCAGCCCCCAAACUCAUAUUCUUUUAUUUAUUUUUUUUUGAAAACUGCCAUUAAUAAACCUGUGGCUUGACACAGUUGGUCCUUCUUCCAAAUUUACCACUUUGUUAUCAUGUAUUGUGUUAUUUUCUAUACCCUAUCUGUCCCCUCUAAAAGUUCAUUCAUAUCCCUCUCCAUGCAUUUACAAGCAAAUCCAUUUCUCUCUCUACACCUGUCUGAAUUCCAGACUUAGAUUUCUAGCUACCCAUUAUAUAUUUCCAUUAAGCAGUCUUAUUACCACAUUGAAUUUGAUAAAUCUAAAUUUAAUAUGUUUAUGGUUCAACCUAUAUUCUUUUUUACUUUCUUACCUCAGUGAAGGGGAACAUCCAUAUGCACAACUGGAAUCCAAGCAGGCAACCUCAACAUCUCUGUCACCUUUUUAACUGUUUGCAUCGGAACAGAGUUAUAACAAUUUGGAAUUUUUUUGUAAUCUAAUCAGAGUUGGAAUGUAUAGAAUAGGUAUGUAUGAGGAGGAAUGCAUGGUGCCUAGUGGCUAGGAUUACUUCAUGAAGGCCUAAGAGUUUUUAUCUUUGUAGCAGGGCAGGAUCAAGAUCUAGUGAAAGUUGUCCUGUGUCAGUACCCUCACAGUAAAGAGGAGACAAUGAUCUCUUACAUUAAAUAAAAUAAUUGAGCAAAUAAGUAAAUGCGUUGAGGAAAAUUGAAGCAAGCUUUUUCAUGCUUGAGGCAUUUUUUACAGAUACGUAAAAAAAGGAUAAAAUGACCCCCAUGAUGUUAAAUGGAAAUAGAAAGUUGAUAUGAUUGCUUUAAAAGGGAAUUGCACGUGUCAAUUGAGAGAAUGAGUGAUGUACCUGUAUACCUCCAAUUCUUACCUCUGCGCAUUGAGGGGGAAUAGAAAUGGCACUUCAGUAGCUAAUGAGCACACCUGCCACCAAGUUGCUGGACUUCAAGUAUUAUUCUCCACUAACAGUGAAUAGAAUGGACUCCAGAAAUAAAUGCAUAUGUAUAUGGUGAACUGAUUUUUAACAAAAAAGACAAGACAAUUGAAUGGGAGAAACCAUAGCCCUUUUAACAACUGGUGAUUUGACAACUAAAUAUCUGCACAGAAUAAUGAAGCUGGACCCCCACCCCAUAGCAUGCAUGAGUGGUAACUAAUAAUGUGUUAAGGAUUUAAAUAUAAGAAUUUGUAACUAUUAAAAUAUUAAAACAUCAGUAAAUCUCUAUGACUUUGGUGUUAGCAAUGACAUUUUAGAAAAAUCACAAAAAAUAGUUGUUGGACCUGAUGAAAAUUUAGAAAUGUAGAUUAAAAAUAUAAAAAAAGAAAACUCAAAAUAAAAAAUGAAAGCUCAGAAAGCUUUACAAAAAUACUUUAUCUAAGAAUCUAGUAUCCAGCCAGGCAAUGGUGGCACAUGCCUUUUAUCCCAGCACUUGGGAAGCAGAGGCAGGCAGAACUCUGAAUUUGAGGCCAGCCUGGUCUACAGAGUGAAUUCCAGGACAGGUUCCAAAGCUACACAGAAUAACUGUUUUGAUAAACCGAUCAAUCAAUAAAUAAAUAAAUAAGAAAAAGGGAAUCUAGUCUCCAGAAUAUAUAAAAACUCAGAUAACAACAGCAAAAAAGCAGCCCAAUUCAGAAGUAGACAAAUCAUGCCAAUUGAUAGCUAUAUAGAAUAAAAAUGUAUAACCAGUCUUCUGAAGAAAUGAUAGACUAGCAGCUGUGUGACCUAAUGAAGAGUGAGAAUAAAAUAAUUAUUCCAACGAGAGGAAGAGCUUUAUAAACCACAAAGUUAACAAUAGAACAUCUUAAAAAUUGGAAGAGAGAUGGGUGGUGCACUGUAAAGAAGCCAAGCUGAACACAACUCCACCCUCAUUACUCUCUGGCAAGGGAAAGAGAAGCAGAAGCCUUCUUCAAGACGUAAAAUAGGCCACAUUGAGGAAAAUAGAUGGGUAGUUUUUCUAUAGUGAUAUUUAUGUUUUUUAUAAAAAAGCAAAGCAGCCAAGUCACUAGAGAGCUCUUACCUCUAAGAAGUCCUCAGACUGAAAGAGGAGGAGUUUCUGUCUCAUCCUGGUUUAUAUAGACCUCUCUAGUACUGGGAUUAAAGGUAUGAGCCACCACCACCUAGGUCUGUUUCUGCAUUGAUCUUUUGUAGCCCAGGCUGGCCUUGAACUCACAGGGAUCCAACUGUCUCUGGACUAAAGGUGUGUGUCACCACUGCCUGGCCUCUAGUGGCUUAGUUUUACUUUUUGAUUUUCAGGCAAACUUUUAUUUAUAAAAAUAAAAUAUCACUAUAGUUCUCCCUUCAGAACAAUCCUAUAGCCCUCACAAACCUCAAAUCUUGUAGGUUUGGCAAGGCAGUGAUUCCUCUGUUGGAUGGGUCAGCAGUGGAGAGGAAAACAUUUUACCACUCUGUAAGACUUCAUUGCAGUGGACUAGUGUCAUUUUAAGAAAACUUAAAAACUGAACUAACCUUGGGACAAGAAAACAGGAAACAAUCACAAACCAGGGAUCCUAAAUUUAACAUGCCUCAGCUCCAGAGUGAGUGACAACUCUGGAGGGAGUUGCAGGUGGUAGAAUAGCUGGAUACUAACAAAUCAAAGACAACAAGAAGCUCAUCUCAAUAAGGCUAACAGAAAAUAUCUUCUCCCUUAGUGACCAGAAACAGAGCUCACCUAUGAAUAACCCUGGAGUAUGAUAGUUCUGAGCUGCAUGUCAGUGGAUAAAACAACUUCUGGGACCACAUACUGCCAUUCACUACUGUAGAGUCUGAGAACUGAGAAGCUCCAGGGUUUUACUUGAAAUUCAUUGCUGCAUCCCUUCAUCAAGGUGAUACAUAGGAAAACACAAAGACAUAUCUUUCUCCCUGUUACAGACCUUAGUGCUGGACUGUUUCCCAUACUUCCAGCACACUUGGGAGACAUUCUCUAAGUAGAAAAUUAGUCAUUCCAGAAAUUCCAAUCUGAGGACUGUUAGGUGGGAGAAUAUUUUCAAAUAUUAUUAGGAAUUUCCAAUAUAGAUUUAACAACAAAAUACACAAAUAAGCUGAAAGAAAAAACAUAUGAUCAUUUCAUUAGAUGUGGGAAAAGCAUUUGACAAAAUUCAACACCCCUUUAUGAUAAAGGUCUUGGAGAGACUAGGGAUACAAGGGUCAUACCUAACUAUAAUAAAAGCUAUAUACAGCAAGCCGACAGCUAUCAUCAAAUUAAAUGGAGAGAAAUUUAAAGCCCUUCCACUAAAAUCAGGAACAAGACAAGGCUGUCCACUCUCUCCAUACCUCUUCAAUAUAGUGCUUGAAGUUCUAGCAAUAGCAAUAAGACAACAUAAGGAGAUCAAGGGGAUUUGAAUUGGAAAGGAAGAAGUCAUACUUUCAUUAUUUGCAGAUGAUAAAAUAGUGUACAUGAGCGACCCCAAAAACUCUACCAAAGAACUCCUACAGCUGAUAAACACCUUUAGUAAUGUGGCAGGAUACAAGAUCAACUCCGAAAAAUCAGUAGCCCUCCUAUACACAACGAACAAAGAAGCAGAGAGUGAGAUAGCCACAAAUAGCAUAAAGUAUCUGGGGGUAACUCUAACCAAAGAAGUGAAAGAUCUAUUUGACAAGAACUUUAAGUCUUUGAAGAAAGAAAUUGAAAAAGAUACCAGAAAAUGGAAGGAUCUCCCGUGCUCGUGGAUUGGUAGGAUCAACAUACUAAAAAUGGAAAUUCUACCAAAAGCAAUCUAUAGCUUCAAUGCGAUCCCCAUCAAAAUCCCAACAAAAUUCUUCACAGACCUUGGAAGAACAAUAAUCAACUUUAUAUGGAAAAACAAAAAACCCAGUAUAGCCAAAACAACACUAUACAAUAAAAGUACUUCCAGAGGCAUUACCAUCCCUGACUUCAAACUCUUACAGAGCUACAGUAAUGAAAACAGCCUGGUACUGGCAUAAAAACAGAGAUGUUGACCAGUGGAAUCCAAUCGUGGACCCAGAUAUUAAUCCAAAAACCUAUGAAUACCCGAUUUUUGACAAAGGAGCUAAAAUUUUAGAAUGUGAAUCUGUAAAGACUCAUGUGGUCAGAAAAGGAGUGAUAUACAGUAAAGUCAGAUUCAAAGAUGAAGAAAACAUCUAAAUGGUUUACUGUGUGUUAAAAAAUAUAUGCAGGCUUGGGAGAGAAAAGAAAAAGGUUAAAGUCUUUUUUAAAAAAAAAGGAGAGUAGUUGGGUGUGGUGGUACACACCUUUAAUCCCAACACUGGGAGACAGAGGCAGACAGACCCCUGUGAGUUCAAGGUGAGGUGGGACACAUCUUUAAUCCCAGCACUUGGGAGGCAGAGACAGACAGAUACACAGAGAAAUUCUGUCUCAAAAAAGCCAAAAAUUAAAAAUAAAAAAAUAGAGGUUAAAAUAAAGCCACAUAAAGAUGAAAAAUACACAGUCUCGAUACUGUAUGUUAUUAUGUUCUCUUUGAAUUGUUUGAAUGCUGAGGAAGGAGCAACAGCUGCUAAAAGAUAUUUGUUUAUAAAUGCUGCUGAAUUAAUCAAGAUAGGUAUUUUGCAAAUACCUUGACUUCAAAAUUGAAGUCAAAAGAUAUGUUACUUUGGAGAAGAGGUUUUGUUUUUGUUUCCACAGAAAAUGAGAAGCUAUGGAUUUAUUCUGAAUUAAGAAAAAUCAGGUUUGAUCAAGGAAGACCACCUGAGAAAUCUCCAGUAGGAGCAGAUGGCCCAGAUGUCUGAGUUCUACAUCCAGAACAGAUUCAAGACUGCUGCCUGAGAUGAUCAAGCCUCACAGGAUACUCCAGUCAGGACUUGGUCAUAAUUCUAAUUUUUUUUAGGUUCCUAUAAGAUUAUCAGUGCCCCCCCCAAAAGUCAUAAUGAGACAAAUAAAAUAAAAUAAAAUAAAAUGAGAUCUAGGACACAAUGAGAAUUUUCAAAAAGUUAAAUCAAGCUGGGCUGAACGCCCAGAAAAAUUAAAAAUUUAGUUUAACACUC